AAAAUCGAUUUAUGUGGCUGUGAGAGUGUCCGUCACGAAUUUGCGCCUUCGCAAUUUUAUUGUCCGCGCAAGUUAAGGCCGCACACAAUGUCGCGCGUACCCCCACGCCGACGAGCGCAAUCGAGGACGAAGACCGGUGCGGUCUCGCCACCCCAAGAAACAGGCACAGAUAUCAGCAUGGCUCUGAUAAAAUCGGCUCGUAAGAGCGGACAGCUCGCUCUGCAGAAUCGAGGCUUCACGGAACUGCCGAGCGUGGUCUGCAACCUGAACAAUCUCUCGGAGCAAGAGGUGAAAUCGAUCGAUGUCACGUUGGAUAGGGCCAGUCAAGACGAUUGGUGGACUCAAAUGCCCCUCUCGAAGUUAUUCCUCGGGUCGAACCGACUGACCACACUCCCGCCGGAGAUCGCUCAGCUAGAACACCUGACAAUACUCGAGCUCCAGGAUAACAACAUCUCGAAGCUCCCUCAGCAGAUGGAAUCCUUAAGCAAUCUAAUUCGCUUGAACCUCAGUCACAACAAGAUGACCGAGCUUCCAGAUUGUCUUUGUCACUUGAAGGAUCUCCGGGUUCUCGCGUUGCAUCACAAUGAAAUCAAGUCAGUUUCGGACAAUAUCAACAGUCUUCUGUCCUUGGACGAUCUCGAUCUCAGCCACAACAAGUUGAAGGAGUUACCUGACGCAUUUACUUUCCUCUCUCGAACCAAAAAGAUAAAUCUGGCGAAUAAUUGUCUCGAAGCUCUUCCGGCUGAUAUGGAUUCGAUGAUUCAGCUAGUCUUAUUGGACCUCUCGAACAAUUGUCUCACGAAGUUACCGGAAGCCAUCGGGAGAUGCGGACACCUAGAACAGCUCGUGGCGCGCCACAACCGACUCGAGACGCUGCCUCCUUUCAGCAGAGAGAAUCAUCUCAAAGAAUUGAGCGUGAGCUUCAACGCAAUCAAAGAAUUCAACGUCGGACAUUGCGAAGCUCUGGUGAUGCUGAAGAUCCUGGACCUCAGGAGCAACAAGUUGGCUAGCUUGCCGGAGGAAAUUGCCAAUUUGCAGAGCCUGGAGAGACUGGACAUCGGGAAUAACGAAUUAAAGAUCCUCCCAAAUUCGUUGGGAGCUCUGAACCACAUUAAUUCAUUACUUGUGGAGGGGAAUCCCUUGCGUUCUAUAAGGCAGGACAUUUUGCGCCGGGGAACGGUCUACCUCAUGAAAUAUUUGAGAGAUCGCCUGAAGGAGAGUCCAAUGCAGCAGAAAAUCCGCAAGUCUCGCGGAGGAGACGGACAGGAACUCGUGGAUUCAGUGGAUCGCUUCACGUUGAAAUCUUCGAAAACAUUGGAUUUCUCAAACAAGGCACUGUCGACUCUCGACGAGAAAGUCAUCGAUAUGGCCUGCGAGGAUAAAAUCAACCAGCUCGUUUUAACGAGAAACAUAUUCGUCACGGUCCCGGAUACACUCGAACGGCUGGCCCAACAACUCACUGAACUCGACUUCAGCUUUAACAAACUUACUUCCAUUCCUCCAUUUCUGUCACAGGCGAAGCAUCUGCAAUACAUGAACCUCCAGAGCAAUCAGCUCUCAGAUCUCCCCCCAGAACUUUCGUGCUUGGAGAACAUUCGCGAGCUGAAUAUUAGCCAGAAUCGAUUUAGCAAGAUCCCAGAUUGCGUUUAUGGCUGGAAGCGUUUCGAGAUUCUUCUGGCAUCCGAUAACAGCUUAACGAGCAUCGACGUGGAAAAUCUUGCAAAGAUCGAGACCUUAGCCACCCUGGACUUGCGGAACAAUUCCAUUUCCCAGGUCCCGCCGGAGUUGGGGAACUUGAUACAGAUCAAGAGUCUCCAACUCGAUGGCAAUCUUUUCCGAAAUCCACGUCCUGCCAUCCUGGCGAAGAGCACUCAGGAUAUCUUAGCUUACCUCCGUGACCGAAUCCCCAGCUAACACGGAUAUACGUAUUUCCAUGCAAUGGAUGGACACCGCACAUUGACGCACUCAUUCGAUACCAUUGUUCUACGAGCAGUAUAUGAGCGAACGAUUUUAUCUGUGAUUCGAUACGUUG